AGCAGUACAUAUUUUGUGGAUGGUGAGGAAGUUGUUCUGUCGUUGUUAAAUGAGGGAGGGUUGCGAGAAGACCCCUUCGGAUCAAAACUCACACAAACAGACGCUAGACUUGAUAAACGCAUUUAUCAAGUCGUUUUGGCGGUUAAAUGAGCUUGAAUAGAGUCUGUGCUUUGUUUUAGCUCCGAGAAAAGCAGAAAUAAACUUGCAUUUGACAUUUGGAAACUACAGGUUACACAAAUGAAGGGGAUGGCUCCUUCUCUUUCGAAGGCGUUCAGGAGGCGAUGGUGGAUGGCUGCCACAGCGGUGUUGGAAAAUCUUUCAUGUUCAGCUGUGCUGUUGGGCUGGGGCUCUCUGCUCAUCAUGCUCAAAAGGGAAGGCUUCUAUUCUCACCUGUGCACAGAAAAUAAGACGGAGAAUGUGAACACUACUGCCCCAGAGGAGUGGCUGAGCUGUGUGGAACAGGAAGAAAUGCUUAACCUGGGCUUCACUAUUGGCUCCUUCCUGCUCAGUGCCGCCACACUGCCAUUGGGCAUUCUCAUGGACCGCUUUGGCCCCAGGCCCCUUCGCCUGAGUGGAAGUGCGUGUUUUGCGCUCUCCUGUGCAAUGAUGUCUGUGUCAGCUUAUCAUCCCAAAAUCCUCUCUGCACUAAUAUUUCUCGCUUUGUCGUUCAACGGUUUUGGGGGGAUCUGCCUGACCUUCACAUCUCUAACGCUGCCGAACAUGUUUGGAAGUCUGAGUUCCACUGUCUUGUCACUGAUGAUCGGCUCGUACGCAUCAUCGGCUGUCACCUUCCCUGGAGUCAAGCUGAUAUAUGAUGCUGGGGUGUCAUUUACAGUUAUCAUGUGGAUGUGGGCGGGCCUUGCAGGUCUGGUUUUCCUCAACUGUUUCCUGAACUGGCCAACAGAGGGGUUUGCAACUCCAGAAGAAAUCGAGAUGGGAAAAAAGCGUUCAAGUGAAAACAACAAAUUGAAUUCGGUUGAAGAAACGACAGAAGAACUGAAAAGCUCAAUAGAUAAACCGCCUACAGUUGCUCGGGAAACACAAUCCUCUGUCCCGUUCCGUUGUUCCGUGUUUUCUCCCAUCUUCCUAUGGAGUUUAAUCACCAUGGGAAUGACUCAGUUGAGAAUCAUCUUCUUUAUGGGAGCCAUGAACAAGAUGCUUGAGUUUUUGGUCACCCAUGGAGAGAAACAUCUCUCUGAAGAACUGGAGCUAGAAGCAGAGGAGAAAGUGAGUUUCUACUCGUCCAUCUUUGGCACGCUGCAGCUCUUGUGUCUGGUCACCUGCCCUCUGAUUGGAUACAUCAUGGACUGGAAGAUGAAGGAGUGUGAAGUGGUGCAGAACACAGUGGCGGGAGAGAAAGACAGAGCUGUCGCCUUGCCAAAGCGUGAUAGAAAGAUUCAGAAACUGACCAAUGCCAUGAGAGCCUUCGUCUUCACAAACAUGCUGCUUGUUCUGUUUGGAAUCCUCUCACUCAUAGACAACCUUCCUCUACAGAUUCUGACGUUUAUUUUGCAUACAAUGGUGCGAGGUUUCAUUCACUCAUGUUGUGGAGGCCUGUAUGCUGCUGUGUACCCAUCCAAACACUUCGGCACUCUUACCGGGCUGCAGUCCAUGAUUAGUGCUGUGGUGGCUCUUUUACAACAGCCCCUCUUUAUGGUUAUGGUGGGACAUCUAAAAGGGGAUGCUUACUGGAUCAACUGGGGACUAUUGAUCCUCUCAUUUUCUGGUUUCCUGUUGCCGGGAUACCUGUUCUACCAUCGUAGACAACUUCUGCAGCAGAGGGCAAAAGGAAAAGCUAAUGGCCACACUUCAGUUGAGAAUCAAGCUCUAAACAAAUCUUUGGCCAACGGACAUGGCAACGGUCAUGUGCCUCAGGAAGCAUAAUUUAAUAAAAAAAUAACACAGGACUGUCACUGGACUUUUCACAUUUCAACAGGAACAUCAGCAAACUCAAUGUUAGAGCUGCUAUUCUCACAUACGCUGCCAUUUCUGACAUUCUCACUGAGCAUUAAACUUCCAUUUUUGUUAUGAGACUUUCAGUUGAUGGUUGGAAUCAGCUGGCAUCAAAUCAGAAUUGCCUUGAUGUCAAUCAACUUUAAACUCAGAAAAAUUCAAAACUUGACAAUCAAAAUUAAGCAAUGCUUCCACAUGAAAUAUAUUUAUUGAGAUGCACACCCACUGGCUGUAACUAAUGGACAGGAACUACCUAACUGACAAUCAAACAGACCAGUGGAUGCAUCUGUUCAGUGUCUGUUCUUCACCAAAGAGAACUGUGUUGAGUAUUCUUUAUCAUAUUGUGUUUUUUAUCUUUUUGACCCAUGAUUUGAAAACUUGAGGAACAAUCAACAAAAUCAUUUCAGCUAAUACCAAAGACACAGAUGGAGGUUUUUACACACUCUACAAACAUAACCUCAACUGUAUUAUAUUUUAAAGUUACAUUUUAAAAGGCCAAAAGAAAAGAUUUUUUUGUGUAUUUGAAGAAUUUUUUUCCAUGUACUCCUUUUCAUUUUAGUCUCAUUUAGGCACUGAAAAGGAAAUGUAUUUUUGUGUUUUUACUGCUGUUACUGUGUUAAUAUCCUAAUCUAAUGUGUACAAGCUUGAAAGUACAUACAGUGGUGUGUGUUCAUAAUAUUUACUUUAUUGCAAUAAGUGAAUGCUUGUGCUGUGUGAUAGCAAGGGCUUUUUAAAGGCUUUGGGUGCUUUCAAGAAGCGAUGACAAACACGUACAGCAUCAGUUUUUUUUCUGCUUUUAGCUUAUUUGUGUGAAACUAGUGCCUUAUUUUAUGAACAAAAUGUCUGAAUGUAAAAUCCCACUGCUUGCAGAAUAUGCAGGAAACCACAGCCAUGUGGUCUUAUUGGAGAUGGGACACAAUAAAGCCAUAGGACUUUUGGAGACACACAUAUGUGACAGGAAUUGAGCAUCCAUGUACGAGUACAAGAAUGUCAGUCUUGAAAUUCAGAAAAAUAAAAGAUGCAUAUACUG